AUCCAAAGUACAAACUAAGACCAAGCCCGUUGUUACUGAAAAUUAAUUAUUGAACAUUUAUGCUGUUUAGUUUAAGAACUAACAAUGUUCUAACACCACUUUUAAUUCCCUUUGUUCUCCCCUUUUCUAACUAAUGACAACGCAUUAUGAAAAAAUAAACAAAAUAGAUGAAACUUUAGCUAUUGCAUGACAACUGGUCCCUGUCUGAUAAAUUUGCUGCCAACAAUAAAGAUAUACGAGUGUGUGAAUUAUUUAGUUGUUUACAUACUGAACCAAUUUUUUGCAGGUAGGCUUACAAUAUGGACACAGAACAUCAUAACAUUAAUAUGCGAGGACAAAACAGACAAAAAAAAAAAUCCCAACAAUCUUGAGAAAAUGCUGUGGUUAGAGUACCGUGAAGGCAGACCGGACUAUUACUGUGUUUGUGUAAGCCACAUGUAUAAUCAAAUGUUAGAAAUGCUUUUGUUUGGACUAAGCCUCAUUGCUCCUCGUGUCUUUUGGGUCCACGUUCAGGACAGCAGUGGGAAAAAUCUGGAUGAUAAUACUAUCGCACAUAUUGUGGAGAUGGCCACUUUUAAAAACAUGACACAGGACCCAAAGGCAAACAAUGAAUUCAUCCCACAAGAUCUAUUACUUAAGCCCCAAAUCAUGCACAAAGGUCAAUGUUCAAAAAUCCCAAUCGUGGAAUGUAUAAACAAGCUGUAUCUUUCACUUACGCGCUGUUGUAUUUGUUUUGUGGUACUGUUGGAGAUUGGAAGAACACAUUCACUGUGGCACAAAAGGAGAUGUGUUUUACUGUGUUUCACGCUUCAUCUGGCACUUGAACACCAAGACAAAGCAAAACUAGUCACAAGAAACAGAACAAUUGUUUUUUUUUUUCCUCCCAGUGGAAAUCAAACACUAUUUAAUGGUAAUUCAAAUGCUAAAACCUUCCAAACAAACCAUCAGGGUUUCUGAAGAGCCCCAUUGGCUAUGCACCCCAAAGGGACAUUAAAUUAUAUUAAGGACAUAAAAUCAGUUUAAAAUGACAGCAUACUCUGAAGUGUAAAUAUUCGUAUUAUAAAUUUAUAUGUACUGUUGUGUGUUCUUAUUUCUUUUAUUUGUCUCGUUUUAUUUUGUGGUGUGUAUUUUAUGUAUGUCUACUACACUACACCCAAAUUGCCCGCAAGGGAUCUUAAUAAAGUUAAACCUUGAAUAUUCA